UUUUUCCAUGUUUCUAUUUACUCAUUUAUGUUUUUUUUGUUUUUUCAGACAGGGUUCCUUUUUCUAGCUCUGGCUUUCCUGGAACUCACUGUGUAAAACAGGUUGUUUUUUGACAUUAGAGAUCCCCUUGCCACUGUCUAAGUUCUUGUGACACCAUUCCCAGCCCACACAUUAUUUUUCUGCUACUUCAGUUUGACAUUUUUUUAAAUUCACUAAUUCACAUUUAAAAGAGUUCUAGGAGAGGAGGAGGGAAAGUGGAAGAAACACGAUGUAUGAGUGUGACAUUGAGGCACUAUGCUUUGGGGAAUAAGGUUUUCCCAGCAUCACACAGCAAGUAAGCGGGCAGGGGCAUAAGUGGGCCCCAUAUCUCUACAGGUAAUAGUCUACAUUCGCUCUUCCUUCUCAUAAUUCUCAGGAUGGUUCAAGAACAUCUAUGGUUAAAAUGGCAGGGAGUCAAUGUUGGUCAAAAGUCAAAGGCUUGCAAUAUAGAGGUCAUUAUUUUUUAUUCCUAGCAUUCAGACCAUGAGACUGAAGCAGCCCCAAAUGGUCCCCCCAAAAAGAAGAAGAAGAACAUUCCAAGCUCCACAUUUGAAAGGCAUGCUAUAAUCAUUUGAAGGGUUCAUGGAUGUUCAGCAAUACUGGGUUCAUAUGACUCUACAUGCAAAGAACAAUACAGUCAUUGCCAUUAACAAAGAAAAAAGACAAAUACAACGUAGAGGUUACAAUAUGAGUAAGCUUCAAGUUUCUGAGACCUACAAUUUGGGUGUCCUGGGAUAUCCAGCUCUUUCCUCAGGGAAGCAUUACUGGGAAGUAGACGUGUCUAGAAGUGAUGCCUGGCUCCUUGGAUUAAAUGAUGGAAGGUGUGCUCAACCCCAACUUCAUUCAAAGGAUGAAAUGGGCUUCAUACAAAAACGUCGUUCUCAUAUUAAACAAAAUGUAAUGUAUCAGCCUAAAUGUGGCUACUGGGUUAUAGGGAUGAAGAAUUCAUCUGAAUACAAUGCCUUUGAUGAGUGUUCUAUCACCCACAAUUCCAGUGUCUUGGCCCUCUAUCUCCCUGGUCGUCUCAGUCUUGUUGGAGUUUUCCUGGAUCAGGAAGCUUGCACUCUCUCAUUUUAUGAUGUUUCUAACUGUGGAGCUCUCAUCUAUAGGUUCUAUAACCCUGCCUUCCCUGUGGAAGUCUAUCCAUAUUUUAAUCCUAUGGAAUGUUCAGAGCCAAUGACAGUAUGUGGGCCACCAUCCUAAACUCUCACCUAUACCUAUGCAGUGCCCCCAUGUCUCCCCUGCAUCAUUCUAACUUUUUUGUCUUGGGCCCUUUAUUUUAAUGACCUUCACAUGUAACCACAAACCACUGUGGAUUCAUUUCCUUGAUCCAGUUGCUUGUCUGCUCACAGGAUGAUUACUGUCUUUUGUUAUUUCCCAUGUUCCC